UGGUACAAUAAAAUCAAUGGCGGUCUGAAUGAUUUGCCUUUGCUUUCAUUGCGAUAGAUUUUCGUAAUUGUCAAAAUUGAUAAAAAUUGGCGGUCUCAAAAAUGAAAAUAAACAAACAAUCCUUGUUUAUCGUGUAAUUGCUAAUGUGAUAAAUAAAACAUUACAGAGGGUAUUUAAUCCUUGGACUAAGACGAGAUAGUCGAAGCGCAACGCCUUAUCAUGGAGGAAGAUGAUGACAUGUUAGUAGUUGUGAUCGGCGAUGAAGAUGAUGAUGAUAUCGAGUGGAAUUCUGGUAAAGUGUGUGCUCCCAUUCAAGUCAAAGAGGAGCCAUUCGACGCAGAUGACGUGAUGCAAGUGAUAGAAGCAGCUCAACGGUAUGGCCGGCCUAUAAAUUUACGAACAGACGUCUUCAUAGACGAAUCAGACGGCGAUGUAACUUUCGAGCAAGCAAUACACAACAUCAAAAUAGAGCGUUACGAUGAUGAAGAAGUUGAUCAUAAUGCUAAAGACUUUGAUAGUAUUGCUGAAGAUUUUGAUCAUAAUGCUGAAGACUUUGAUCAUAGUGCUGAAGAAUUUGAUCAUAAUGCUGAAGACGUUGAUCAUAAUAUUGAAGACUUUGACAACUAUCUGAAUAACUAUGGCUACGAGGCUCUCGAUGAAAAUAAUUGUGAUGAUCCAGACUACCAAGUUGAAAGUGAUAAUGAUAACUACAAUUCAGAUUUUAAUUCUGAUUUAGAAAGUGUGGGAGGACAGUCGAAGAAAAAAAAACGGGUUAAAAUGUUGAGUCCAUCUCGACAGAGGUCCUUUGUGGAAGACUUGAGACAGCAAUAUCCAGAGUUAGAAAGGAAUCAAAAAGCUCUCAUCAAAUCUCUGGUGGAAGUUAUGAGGAGUAACAAAGCACCCAAGCCACCGAAGGGUUUUUACAUCCUUUCUGAUUUGAUGUAUGAGUGUUUCAAAUGUGGUAAGAUGACUAACUGCAUUCCUGCCGCAGAACGGCACUAUCAAGAAAAACAUGGCCCUAGAUAUCUUGUUUGUUAUGCUUGUGGUGUGGACUUUAGAAGCAAAACAAACCUCUACAAACACGAGAAGAUAUGUCAGGCGCGCGACGCCAUGAUAGUUCUGAAGGCGCGAGCUUUGUUCCUGGGCCGCAAGGGCCGCAGCCGGCCGUUUAUACCCGACCUCAGAACCGUACCUGUUUACAAGAAUAAAGGCUUCAAGCGUUUUCCCUGCACGAGGUGCUCAGCGACGUUUACCAGCAAGAACAAUUUGGUCGCCCAUGAGAACAUGCAUCGCGGCGUGCGGCCCUACUGCUGCGACCAAUGUCCCAGCGCCUACACCUCGGCCGCCGCGCUUACAAGACACCUGAAGAAGCAUUCGGACGAGGAGUACAUUUGCGACCACUGCCAGCGCGCCUUCAAGAUCAAGGCGGCGCUCAUCGCGCACUUGGACACUCAUAAAGCGAUACCGAAGUACGGCUGCUCGCUGUGUCCGCAGCGCUACGCCACCAAGAACGCGCUGAACCACCACGUGCGCCGCGUGCACCUGCGUCUGCCGCUGCCCUGCGCCUGCCAGGUCUGCCCCAAGAGAUAUCCACGCAUGUCGUUACUUCGAGAUCACAUGAAGAAGAAACACGGAUUAACGUUGAUGACACGCAAGAUGUUUUUCAAAGCGCUUCCAACCAUGUCGGAAUGGGAGUUACAGCAGGCAAAAGAAAUUUUGGAGUCUGACACUCCGCUCAUCAACUUGUCUUCAGACAUACAUAGCUUAUAGCCGGAGGAGCUCUUAUAAAGGUUAAGGGUUUAACCCUUUAACCGCCAGCGACGUUUUGCUGAGAGCCAUGUGAGUUAUUUUCAAGUCCGUCACUCAACUUCCAAAGAUUGUAUGAAUUUUGUUGGUUUGAUUUGAUGAUUGUUAAAUUGUAUCUUUAUAGUUUUCGAAACGACAUUGAAUUUUUAAUCUACUCUCAAGAAUCGAUCCAAAAUGAUUGAAAAUUUUAUAUUCAGCUCUAGUUUUAAAGCUUACAAACGAUUUUAACUACAGUCUGAGGCAAGCAGGUUUGGGUCUUCCCCCAAACUUAGACUGAAUUAAAAAAUUAAGCUCGAUUGCAAAUGAAUUAAAUUAUAAUUGCUGAUUUUUUUAAAAAUUGUAUUUAAAAUGUACAUAAUGUAGAUAAAUGAAAUACUGUGUUCUGUGAAUACAUAAAUAUUUGUAAGGGAUAUUUAUAUUGUAAAUAAAUUACAACGGUUUUAAUACGAAAAGUGUUUUAUUACGCACUUAUUAUUUCAACCAAAUGUUUACGAUAUAUUCAUCUAUAGCAUAAUGCAUACACAAUCGUUAGAAGACACCACGAAUUUAUAAUGCUUCGUUACAUACUAGGAAAAUACAAAAAUAUUAAGCGGUUUCUUGGUAAACACCUACCGGGAUAUCUUAUUUUUAAAAUAUGCAAAUUGUACACGUACAUUGUGAAAUGCACCUUUUAUAAAUACGAUGUCCUUUAUCUUGGUCAUUAGUUAACACUCCAAGACCUUUGUUCUCGACAUUUCUAAAAGAUUGUCCAUUAUUUUAAUACAUCAAGGUAGUCCAUAAAUAUUUUGUGUAACACUGUCGUGUGUAAACUUUUUUUUAACAAUUUCAAACAUUUCUGACUCGAGUUGGUUUUUGUAGACAAUAUUUGCUUGGAAUGUACGUAAGAAGUCUGUAGACAGAACAAUCCCUCAGAAACGUCAAGAGGUAGUAUACUUAGGUAGUAGUGUGUGGGUGCAAGUCGAAGAGCUAUAGAAAGCGUUUCUCUAAUCUCGCCAACCACUUCAAACGACAUCCACGGAAUCUAACAUUAAAUAUUCUUUAUCCUCACUCCACGGAUACUGAUCAUAGUUUUUAAUCUUAACAAUGGUCCAAAAAUAUCUAAUAGCAUCCC